GUCCCACCUCCACGGAAGGUCCUGACGAGGCAACAUGCCUCCCAAGAAACCUGAGCCUAAGAAGGAAGCGGCCAAGGCAGCCCCAGCCCCAGCCCCUGCCCCAGCUCCUGAGCCCCCCAAGGAGCCUGCCUUUGACCCCAAGAGUGUAAAGAUAGACUUCACUGCUGACCAGAUUGAAGAAUUCAAAGAGGCCUUUUCGUUGUUUGACCGGACCCCGACCGGAGAGAUGAAGAUCACCUACGCGCAGUGCGGAGACGUGCUGCGGGCCCUGGGCCAGAACCCCACCAACGCCGAGGUGCUGCGCGUCCUGGGCAAGCCCAAGCCCGAAGAGAUGAAUGCCAAGAUGCUGGACUUCGAGACGUUCCUGCCCAUCCUGCAGCACAUCUCACGGAACAAGGAGCAGGGCACCUACGAGGACUUUGUGGAGGGGCUACGUGUGUUCGACAAGGAGAGCAAUGGCACGGUCAUGGGCGCCGAGCUGCGCCAUGUCCUGGCCACCCUGGGAGAGAAGAUGACUGAGGCAGAAGUGGAGCAGCUGUUAGCUGGGCAAGAGGAUGCCAAUGGCUGCAUCAAUUAUGAAGCCUUUGUCAAGCACAUCAUGUCUGGGUAAAGCAGAUCCCUUCAGGGUGAGUACAGACUCUCCAUCCUGGUCCUUUCUGCGCGUCCACACAGCGAUUUUGGAACAACACCACAUGUCCCAGAGCUCUUCUGUCCCAGCCCUGACCCCUGAAGAGGAAACCGCAGGGGUUCAUGACUGGAGAGCAGCCCAGCACCUCCCAUCAUUUCCUCUGCAUUUUCCCAGCUCCUGUCCCCUCCCAUC